GUCGCGUGGUCAUACUUGCCCAAUACAGCUAGUGGUUCGACCGUCGAAGACGGUGGCGCUAGUUAGGUACCCAGCAAUCAGCAUCCCACAUAGUGCUGGGUGUCGUGUGGUUUACGGUCGGUGUUCCGGAUCUUCGGGUUUGCGGGCGGCGGCGACGCGCAACGAGUUCCGAUUUUGCAUACCGCACGAGCGUGUAGCAUUAGCGUACGAAUUGGUGAAUUGUGUUUUUCGGUAGGCAAAUCAAAUCAGCUAGCAUUUGCUCGAGUUACGACGGCUCUGCCGAAAUUAAGUGGCUGAAAUUGACGGUGAAGUCGUCGCUCUGAGUGUGACGUGCGGUGGAUAGUGAAUUUGUGACGGAAGUCGUAAAAGUGAAGUUAUUUCGGGCAAAGUGUCAUUCUUGGAAGCUGCUGUUCAAGUGCGUCCACGAGCAAAGAUCAUCGUCAUCUUAAUCCAAGUGCCAGUGAAGAAUCACUUUGUCUGUUAUCCAGAAACCGCCAGUAAACCACAUCCAAGUCUGGCGAAACGAGACACAGCGUGGUGCAUUGUAUUGACCAGCAGCAGCAGCAGCAGCCCCGAAUCGGGAACACAAAGAGAGGUCGGGGAACUGGAGUAUCCGUUAUUGCGGAACGGGAACUGACUGACGCUUUCAUCUUCGGCCUUGUCUACCGACCGUCGAGAAAGAGCACACCUUCCUUCCAAUUGGGUGGGUGGGGGAGUCGAGAGAAAGACAGUCAGCCUCUCCGGACAAAGUGCGCGCGCGAAGGCGAAGGUGGUUGUCCUAUCCAGCAUCCGACAACCGAAGUCAGCUGUGUUUACGCGCGUCUGAGAAGAAGGCAAACAAAUCGUAGUAAGCGGGAAACACCGAUACACGAGACGGACCCAGGUGGCAACAGCUCUAUGCCGCAGAAGAAGUAGACUAUGGCCAGGCAUGACGGCGGUGGUGAUGGCUAUGGUCAACCACUGAAGUACGAUCCCGAGUUCAAGGGACCUCUGUCGAAGCGAUCAUGCACGGACAUUCCAUGUCUCCUUCUGUUCAUCGCCUUCCUAGCGGGCUGGGGAGCGGUGGCCUACUAUGCACUUCACCACGGCGACUUGGAUCGCCUACUAGUCCCGACCGACUCGAACGGUCUCAAAUGUGGCGUGGAUAGUGAGGUCCAGAAGGAACCCUAUCUGGUGUUCUUCGACAUAACUGAGUGUGCCAAAUAUGACGUCCCGCUGUACGGCUGCAAGACUCCGCAGGUUUGCGUCAAAGAAUGUCCCACCGAAGAUUUCACGUUCGUUACGAACCUUUGCAAUGCAAAUUCCCUCGCUAGCAUCCGAUCAAAGCUGAUCUGUGAUCACACCGUCCAGAAGGAUCAGCUCGGCUGCAACGAUAUUCAAUCGCUCAUCGAUCGAGGACGUUGCGCCAGGUAUUAUCUGAAGAGCGUUCCGUUCGCUAAACGGUGCAUCUCGGACCUACCGGAAACCGAGUGUCCCUACAUUCCACCAAUGGUACUGCCCCAGUACCAACUAGCUCCGUCCCCCAAAGACCACUCGACCCGAUCCGGCAAACAACUCUCAGCCGAGAUGCGGGACUGUGCCAGCCAACGGCGCCGAGGUCGGCAGCUGCUGGUCGAUCGCGUCACCAAACUGCAGUCCUACUUUGCACGCUACGUGGAUAACCUGCUGUCGCACGUUACCAACGAUACCAAUAUCCAUCAGACUGGCCAAAUGGUCGUCGAAGACAUCCUGCAGUCAUGGCGCAUGGUGAUCGUGUUCCUCGUGGUAUCCCUCUUCGCCAGCUUGAUCUUCAUCACGAUGCUGCGCUGGAUCGCCAAACCGAUGGUGUGGAUCUCGAUUCUUGGCGUAAUUGCUGCCCUCUGCUACGGCGUGUACUAUAGCUACGAGCAGUACCAAUACAUCAGCCAACAUCCGGUCGAAAGCCACGUCAACGUGUCGCCCAAUCUGAGCUCGCUGAUCAACUCGUGGUUCAAAUCCGAUCGCACCUGGCUGUGGAUAUUGAUCAUUCUGUCGAUCAUUCUGGUGGUUCUGUUGUUGGUGAUUCUAGUCCUCCGCAAGCGGAUCGUGAUCGCGAUCGCACUGGUUAAGGAAGGAAGCAAAGCGGUCAGUGCGAUCUUCUCGACCGUGUUCUUCCCGAUCAUACCGUGGGCGCUGCACAUCCUGGUGAUCGUGUUCUCGGUCGUGGUCGGGCUGUACCUGGCCUCGAUCGGAGAACCCGUUCAUCGGGUGUACGGUUUGAACACGUCCUCAUCCUGCGUGUGCGACAACGGGUACCGCGAUGGGGAUGUGUGCGAUCCAACGGUGUUCAACGAUCACUGCCGGAACAGUUUGGUGCGGGCAUUGGACGCACGCUGUACGGAUGCGGCCUGCCACUUCCAGGAGAUCAACAGCCCCAAGGAAGUGGGGUACUUCCACGCAAUCAACGUGCUUGGGUUCUUCUGGGGUAUCUGUUUCGUGUCGGCCUUCGGCGAUAUGGUUCUAGCGUUCACCUUCGCCACCUGGUACUGGACUUUCCGAAAGAAGGAGCUCCGGUUCUUCGUGUUAACAACAGGUUUUCUGCGUACGGUUCGUUACCACUUGGGAACGCUGGCGUUCGGUUCACUGAUCAUCGCCAUCUGCAAGAUCAUCCGGGCCUGUUUGGAGUACGUCGAUCACAAGCUCCGAAAGUACGACAACGGAGUGGUGAAGGCGGUGCUGUGCGUUUGCAAGUGCUGUUUCUGGUGUUUGGAGAGUUUCCUCAAGUUCCUGAACACCAACGCGUACAUCAUGUGUGCAAUCCACGGAAAGAACUUCUGCUCCAGUGCCAAGGAUGCAUUCAGUCUGCUGGCCAGAAACAUCCUGAGAGUGAUUGCGCUGGACAAGGUGACUGGGUUCCUGUUCUUCCUGUCGAAGCUGUUGAUUGCCUGUGGAAUGGCGGCCGUGACUUAUACGUUCUUCGAUAGCGGGCCAACCAAACCGUUGCACUAUCCGUUCAUUCCGGCGAUCUUGGUGUUUGUCGGGACGUACGUGAUCGCGUCGGUGUUCUUCAGCGUGUAUUCGGUAGCGGUGGAUACGUUGUUCCUGUGCUUCUUGGAGGACUGUGAACGAAACGACGGCACCCAGGAGAAGCCCUACUACAUGUCCAAGAGCCUGAUGAAGAUUCUGGGCAAGAAGCAGAAAUUCGAUACGUCUCGUUGAGCCCACAAGCCUAAAAGUAUUGAUCAGCAGUCGCAGUGAUAUCAAGAUCAAACAUACCCAGCCAAAAAAAGAAAUCGAACAAACACACUACUGAUGUUUAGUACGUAGCAAUCAUAUUUCGUAAGUGAUAAGGCCAAAGUGAAUUUUUGUAAGCCCCUACCCCACAAAAGAAAAAUCGAAUGGUGCAAUUAGAAAGGUUAUUUAUCUGAGAUGGUGUUGAUGAGCGAUAAGCGAGAGGAUCCCUUGACCGACGUGACAGAGGAAUAAGACUUAUCCAUUCGUAUCGUAUAGGUCACAUUUUGAAAAACCAAAUUAUUGUUCAGUCGAUUCGAAGAAUUCCAAGUUCGAACUUCGCAAUCAAAGACACACGUAAUGUUUAGGGAUACGUAUUUUUAUAUAAAACUUAUUUAUAUAUGAAUCAUUGUAUUCACGUAGUUGUUAAGCGGAACGCUUAAAUAAACGGAAGAAAGGAUGCUAUUGUGUGUCACGAGAUGUGAAAUGAUGUGAUAGUCAGAGAAUGAAUUACUAAUAUAUACAUUAUACAUACACAAGUGAAGUGAAGUAAUGGAUAUACCUCUGUGCAAAAAAAAACUAUUUUAAAACUGAGAAACUGAACCCACACUUACACGUUUUAAAAAUUACAUUAUCAAACCGUAGAGAGCUCUGCGAUUUCAGUAAAGCAGAGGAUAAACAAGUGUAAUUUCAAAUUUCCGAUAUGGACACAGAUACAGAUCUUAAUAACGAAGAAUCAGGCAGCA